AUGUCCACAGGCAGGAUCAUCUUCUACGAGGACAGGAACUUCCAGGGCCGGUCCUAUGAGACCAGCAGCGACUGCCCGGAGGUGACCUCCCAUCUCAGCCGCUGCAACUCCUGCAGGGUGGAGAGCGGCUGCUUCAUGGUCUACGAGCGCCCCAACUUCCAGGGCCACCAGAUGCUGGUGCGCAGAGGGGAGUACCCCGACAACCAGUACCUGAUGGGAAUGAACAUGUCUGACUGCAUCAGGUCCAGCCGCAUGAUCCCCAUGCAUCGUGGACCCUUCAGAAUGAGGAUGUAUGAGAAGGAGAACUUCGGUGGACAGAUGCACGAGCUGACCGACGACUGCGAGAACAUGCAGGAUCGCUUCCGCAUGUCCGACAUGAAGUCCUGCAACGUGAUGGACGGCCACUGGUUGAUGCACGAGCAGCCCCACUACAGAGGCAAGAUGAUGUACCUGAGGCCCGGCGAGUACAGGAGCUUCAGAGACAUGGGCAUGACCAGCCAGAUGAGAGUCAACUCCAUGAGGCGCAUCACUGAUUCCUGUUAGACGAUAAAAGUCAAUAAUAAAACGUUUAUUUUAAUUUAAAACUUGCUUGUUGUUCUUUACUGAUAAGUCAUAUGUUUUUUUUCAUUUUAGCUAUCAUGCUAAUGGAUUUGUACUUUUAGGAUAACCUGGUAGUUUAAAAAAAAAUAUGCCAACAAAACUCAUUUAAGCAGA